GAAUGCACUGAAAGCUUGGUUGCUUGGAUACCGCUGGAGAGCCGGUGUUUGCUGCGGUCAAGAUGCUGGGGGAAGAGGAGGAAUUGUCCGUGAGCAUCGCCCAUAUAGUGCAAAGACUGAAGGGGUCCAGACUGCACUGCCAGCUGGAGAGGGAGGCUCGGGGAAGUCUGCACAAGCCAGAUAUUAAGCUUGAAACACUUAAAGAUGAUAUUAAAGAGUUCCUAAAGACAUCAGGCUGGGAAAAGAAACUUCAGAAUGCAGUUUACCGUGAACUAAGUCUGCUUCCUGGACCUUGUCAGUCAGUAGCACCUGCUGAACAUAUCAAGGAACCUCUGUCAUAUAUGAGAAAAGCACAGACAACCUGGGAGAAAAGAGUACUGAAGAGUUUGAACAGUAUGUGCACAGAGCUAAAUAUUCCAUUAGCACGCAAGAGACCAAUAGAUGAGCAGAAAGAAUUACUCAGUAAAUGGAAUGAAAUGGGCACUGAAGAACCAGAUUUAAGUCUUUUUAGACCCGUUUAUGCUCCAAAAGACUUUCUUGAGGUCCUAAUAAAUCUACGGAAUCCUAAUUAUGAUAAUGGAGAACUGGUUAGUUUUAGAAGCCAACUUGGCUUGAUUCAAGUCCCAUUAAACAUUAAAGAUAUUCCUGAACUGAGGGAAUUCUUUCAGGAACUGAACCUGAACACUGGUCAGCUUGGGGUGGAUGACUGUACACAGGUUCCUCCAGAAUUAUUUGAAAAUGAACAUAUGCGUAUUGGGAAAAAAGUAUUAGCAGAAGAUGACAGUGCUGCAGCUCAGCAGUUUGUUCGUCAAGGAUGUCCAACUUCACUCCGAGCCGAAUUAUGGGCUCUUAUCUUGAACAUCUCAAACCAAGCAGAGGACAUCUUGUACUAUGAGCAGCUUAAAUCAAAUGUAAUUCAGCAUGACCUUUUAUCUGACAACCUGAUUUACAAGGAUGUCAAGCUUACAGCAAACAAUGAUGACUAUUAUUUUGUAUUCGAAGAUUACCUUUACCAGGUGUUGCUUUGUUUCUCUCGGGACACAUCUGUUCUUGCACAUUUUGCUUACAAUAGCGCAUCUCCACCAAAAUCAUAUAUUAGAGGAAAACUUGGCUUGGAAGAAUAUGCUGUUGUCUAUCCACCAAAUGGAGUGAUACCAUUUCAUGGAUUCUCAAUGUAUGUUGCACCAUUAUGUUUUUUGUACAAUGAACCCUCCAAGUUGUACCAGAUUUUCAGAGAGAUGUAUGUCCGUUACUUCUUCCGGCUUCACUCUAUCUCUUCACAUAUAUCAGGGAUAUUGUCACUAUGUCUUCUGUUCGAAUCACUUCUUCAAACUCACCUUCCACAACUUUUCUAUCAUCUCCGAGAGAUUGGGGCUCAGCCUCUUCGCAUAUCUUUUAAGUGGAUGGUACGGGCUUUUUCUGGCUACUUGGCUACAGAUCAAUUACUCCUAUUAUGGGACAGAAUUCUUGGGUAUGACUCCCUGGAGAUUCUUGCAGUGCUGGCAGCUGCAGUGUUUGCUUUCCGAGCAGUGAACCUGAUGGAGGUGACAUCACUGGCUGCUGCUGAAGCUGUACUUGCGGACAUUUCAACCCUGAAGGUUAUACCUCUUCUUCAGAUUUUCCUGUUUGCUGCAGUAUCCUAACUUCCUUUGCCAUAGCAUAGUAUUAAUUACCGUACAUGGAUCGAGUGUCUACCUUUUCUCCUAUAAUGCAUGGGCAAUAAAGAUUCAUAUUUAUUUAUUUAUUUUGCAAGCAUGACUGCAAUUUUACUGUCAAAUCGUGGUUCUUUAUAGUAUUUUUUUGCAUGUUAAAAGAGCUGUGCUCGAGGAAUAAAUGAUCUUGUUAAUGCUA